CAGUGUUUGUAACGGUCGUUCUAUCCUAAAUAUAGCCAGGGCAUGUGAGCUAGCAUUGCAGCUAGCACAGCACUGUUGAAGCUUUAAUGGCGAUAACAGUAGAUUUAUUUCACUUGAUAAUUGCAGCAUUGUCUCGUGACAUUGGCGGUUGAAUGGAAGUCAUUCGUGAGUUGUUUUCCGAUAUCAAGAAGUGAGUGUAGGGCUAUUUUGGAGAAGCCAGUUGACCUUUUCAAGCUAGCAGCCUCUGUAGCAUAACAGUAAUGUGACGACGUGUUGUGUGACCAGCUAGCAAUGGUGCAAGGACGGGGGAGCGUCAUCAAGCCAGUUUAAGGAAAAGCCUGUAUGUUCAUCCGGCAACAAAUCAUGUCUCCUAAUCUGCACUGAAUAAAAAAUGUAGGUGUGACAACCGCAAACAAUCCUUUGCGACAAACUUCCUUCAGAGAGCUGGAUACAACCUGAACCUCCACAAAGAUGGAGGACUCUCCUCACGUAUACAUCUCAGAAUUUGGAUACAACGAGGACCUGGAUGAGAUGGACAUGAAUGAAGAGGAAACCAGUAUGGAAUCGGACAUGGUUAACUCACCAUACCAGGAUACUGAAAGGGACUCUUUUCAAUGCCAGCACUGUGAGAGACACUUCUCCACCAAACCAGGCCUGGAACGACACAUGCACAUCCACACCUCGGCAAACAAGGAUGCUUACAAAUACAAAAGCAAUAUUUUGGAGCAGCAUGAGAAGGAAAAGCCUCUGGAUUUAGCAGGCUCGGCCAUGCAGCUUCAUACUUCAUCCACCACUGGCUCUAAUCCUCCCGUCUUGUUGGCUGGUGACCACACCGCUCAGCCAGACAAAUGGGGAGCGGCAGAGGGGCGUCACGCCUGCAAGUACUGUGAAAAGAUGUUCACCACACAUAUCAACAAGCGGCGGCAUGAGCGCAGGAUCCACGAGCAGCAGCACCUAGAGAACACAUGUAGGAAAGCCCAGCUGCCCCAGGAGGAAAACCUUGUGGGGAUGUGCAGCGAAACAAACCAACAGGAAACAGAGCUUGGUGACGAAACGGCUCCUGCAGCUGUUCUGGAGAAGCAAGUUGGACACACAGAACAAUACAUGCUAGACAUCUCUAGCAACAUUUCAGAGAAUCUUAGCUUUUAUAUAGAUGGAAAGAUAGUGUCAACAAGUACAGUCAGUAGCUGUGAAGCAGCUGAGGUUCAUUCUGCAUCUGCGACUUUAGUGGGAUUGGACGCCCUGAUCCUAGACCCCACCCAAAUCAGCCAGGUGUUAAAUACAGAUUCAGAGAUGUCUGGUCAACCCCUGGCAAGGAGAAGAACCGCGACACCUCCUCUUCUACCACAAAUUAAAACUGAACUGGAGUCUGACAUGGGUGUGUCUGCCUCCUCUUCUUCACUCGUGUGUUCUUUAAUAGAGAAUCUAUUCCCUCAGAAUACAGAGGGUACAGGGGUGCAGAAGGAAAGAACUGUGUUUCUGUCUCCAAAGCUCAAGCAGCUGCUGGAGAAACAGGAUGGCCUUACACCUACACUUGCACUCAUCGCAGACAGCCAGAAGCCUUCAUCACCGGUCGCUCUCUCCGUGCUGCCUGCAGGGACGGGACGCUUCAAAAGAAGGACGGGGUCUCCUCCACCGAGCUCUCCACAUCACAGCCUGCCAGAAGAAACAGCAGAGAGUGGAGACUGUGAAGCUGUGAGUACAGGGCAGGUGGAGACCACACAUAGCUCACCUGUGAAGGAUGACACACCCCCACCUCUGGAUGAGACAGUUUCAUCCACAGAGAGCUGGCCUCCCCCCACCGGCGGUAAUUCCUGUAACCAGCAGCCUCUGGAUCUCUCUAACACCGUUAAAAGCGGUGAAGACGUUGCUUCAGUCGAUGCGGCGCUGGAUUUGAGUUUUCAAAAAACUAAUCUGGGGGAGCUGACGUUAAAUGUAGUUUCACAUGCAGUUUUAACUGAAGGAAAAUCAAAUGAAAGCAUGGUGGGAAUGACCCUAAUGGAUACUGUAGAGCAGAAUAUAAGCCUCAUGAAUCCCGAGACCUCCCUCCUGACGGACUUCACCAUACUCACAGGUCCAGAUAUGAUGACCCCAAUGCAGUCGAUGGCAGAAGGGCUUCUUUACGGUCUCGCACUUCCCUCCAACUCCCUCACUCCAUCCCCCUCCCUGACCCCUCUCUCAUUGCAGCCAGCCUCACCGUGCACCAUAGCAUUCGCCUCCCAUGCCUCACACACGGGGCUCACCACUAGUCCUUCAUUAAUCACAGUGUUGGCACCGUCACAUAUUUCAAACCCUUCAAACCAACCGAUCCAGGUAUUAGCCCCCGAUAUAUCACGGGAGUCGUUGGUAAUCUGCACGGAAAAUGCAUUAAACUUCUCAGAGUGUGAUUUAACUACUGCUUUUGCCACUACAAAUUCUGCCAACCCCGUCACUCUCUCCCAACCCCUUGACCCGACUCUAAAUCUACCCGGCCACAUGUUUCUCUCUGAUCAAAUAACGCUCAGUCCGCCUUUACUGGAGUCCGCUCCGAUGUCAGAAGGGCAGUUCACCCCCGCUGUAACUUUAAGUGAUUCCCUCAUCAACUCCUACAGCAUAACCAGCAACACAGUGCUGAUAGAGUGCACGAUAGCUCUUGAAGCCCCGGGGGGGGCAGUCCCUGCUGCAGUCACCUUACAAGAAAACACAGCUGAGCCUCCAGCACAGAUGGCUGUUGAUCACCUCGAACAGGAACAGAUUGCAUCGGUGCCCAACCCACCAAGUGAAGACCCCGCUAUCCUCCUGUCCUCCAUCACAGAAUCAGUGACUCUGUCCACCUCCUCCUCUGAGGCUCCGCCUCCAGUGGGUGAACCGGGUCCUGACCCAGAGCUGGUUGUUAAUGCAGAGCCACCGACUGUAAAAGAGGAAGAAGAAGCUGCUGUUUCCGCCCCCGAACUCCCAUCCCAAACCUCUCCUUCUUCCGCCGAAGAGGAGGACGCCUCAACGACUCCCAGCGAUGCACACCAGCAGACUUUCACCAAGAAUUUCAUCUGCAAUGUGUGCGAUAAGCUUUUCCAUUCCAUGAAAGAGCUGGGCCAUCAUGUAGGCCACCACGCUGAUGAUUGGCCCUACAAAUGUGAGUUCUGCGUGCUGCUCUUCAGCAAACCCUCCGCUCUGCUCGACCAUCGGUCCAGCCUCCAUGGCGUGGGCAAGACUUACGUGUGCAGCGUGUGCACCAAAGAGUUCGUCUACCUUUGCAAUCUGAAGCAGCAUCAGGAGGAACUGCAUCCCGGACAGCAGUGCACGUACACAGAGGAUGAGAAGGGAAAACUAAGACCUCAGAACUACAAUAACCUGACAAAAGCCAACACGGAGAGCUCAGCACCCGAUGCUGCCGAGGAAACCAAGAGUGUGGUGAAGAAGGAGGAAGGGGAGGUAGAUGAGGCUGCUGAGGAACUGUUCACAACCAUAAAAAUCCUGGCUUCAGAUGGAGCCAAACUCAAAGGGCCUGAUGUUCGUCUCGGCAUUAACCAGCACUACCCCAGCUAUAAGCCCCCUCCCUUUCCCUACCACAACAGAUCCACCACGGGCAGCUUAGCUUCAGCCACCAACUUCACCACCCAUAACAUCCCACAAACUUUCAGCACGGCCAUUCGCUGCACCAAGUGCGGGAAGAGCUUUGAUAACAUGCCCGAAUUACAUAAGCACAUCCUGACCUGUGCAAACGCCAGCGAUAAAAGGCGAUACACGCCCAAGAGGAAUCCCAUCCCACUGCGCCACUUUGCAAAAACUCAGAAUGGAGUUCUGUCCACCACUAACUCCACCAACGGACUCAAUGCGUCCAACAGACCCAGCCAGUCAAACCGCUCCAAACCUAACCAGGAACCGGCAGUGAGAGUGAAGUUUAAGGUGCUGAGCAAAAGGAAGAAGAAGAUGGUCCAAAGGGUCAUGCCACAGAGGAACAAGUCAAUCGCUUCAUCCAAUAAAAUGUCCCGCGCUCAUGUAGAUGAGCAGCAGGAGAUCUUUGUGUGCCCGCACUGCAGCAGGGAGUUCACAAUGCGCCGCAGCAGAACCAAACACAUGGCCGUCUGCCCCAAGAAACCGAAAGAGGUGAAGAAAAGGAAAGAAGGAGGCAUCUCCGUGACGAAGGAGAAUGACGGACACCUGCACAGAGGGGCGGAGGAGACAAAACAGUCCUCCCCUCUGCAUAAAACCAGACUCCAGACUUCUGGCCCCGCUAAAAGACCCGCCAUCCUACCGGUGCAAACGGUCCUGUCAAACAAGAGAAGUAAAAUCAUUAUCAAAGAGCCGCCAAAUCAAGAGACCCCCACUCUGAGUGAACUCCCCACUGUCCGCACUUUCAACCCCUCGAUGCGUCAGUACAGCCGCAUGCAGCACAGCGCCAAAGGCAUCCCCAUCAAGAUCACCAUAGUGAAGCCACAGCAGGCGGCCCCGCCCUCCCCCGCAGGCCCAGAGGACAGCAGCAGCUCCGAGCAGAGUCCAGCAGUCUGAAGGGGAGCCUCCGGUAGAUAAUGUAUAUUCAACUGUUUAUUUAAUGUGACAAAACACACUGUAAACAUGGAAAUCACAUAAACAGUCAUUCCUAAUGUGCUGAAACUACAGUACCAGCAGCCUCUACAAUAUGCAACCCUCUCAAAUUAUUUACAGCAGGGUUUUAUACCAAAAUGCAGAAGAUCCCCCUUAAAAUGUUAAACCGAUGCCAGAAAACAACAUUUCUGUUCGUCAAAAAUGGUAUAAUUACUCAAUGAUUAAAAUCUCGUCAAAUAUUCCAUCAGAUGACAUAGAGAGCUUUGUUUUUAUGGAGCUCCGACGUAGUGUUGUUUACGUCUGCAGGCCAUCUUGUAUUCGGGCGUCAUGUUCUAGCGAGAUCUGAUAUAAUUAAUAUACAAGAUCAGCGCCACACAGCCUUUUCUAGAAAAAACCUGAACAGUAUUUUCGUACAAUAAAGGUUUUGGAAAGACAACAAAAAAGAUCUCAGCACUACUCCAUUCCUAACUGACUUAAGUUUUUGUUUAAGUUACUAAAGCUUAAACUAAAAAUGUUACGUAUACCUUUUCAUUGCAUCUUGUGUUUGUUUGUUUUUUUGACUGAAAUGUUUUUUAUUUCAUUGGAAGGCCUCUGAGUAUUUAGAAAAGCGCUACACAAUAUUAAGUGUUUGUUUAUUUUGAAUUAACAAACGUAAAUGUAAUAACCGAUAUGUCAGAAUCCUAACGUCCCUACCUUUGUCUUCAGGACUCUGCUGCGGUGCUGCUCACACUGGAGGUAACUGCCCCCCCCCCCCACACACGCACUAUAAAGCUCAUGGACCCAGAGUGCAUCACACUGUACAAUAAGUGACAGAACUGAGGACGGAUGAAGCGGACGAAUUUAACUGAGAAUCUGAAAGCUUUUCUAGCGGCUUGGAGUUUUGUAGAGUUCUCCUUCAUUUCGUAAACUUUGGAUUUGCACUUUGAAGUUAGUCUGACUGCUACGUUUCACAAAUUGGAAAGGAAGUGGGGGGCGGGGGGACGUGAGGCUUCAAGGCUGCUCUCAUUUCCAACUUUCUGCGUUUUUUUAGAGAGGAUGGCAAGUGGCAAUCAUUCUCAGCAUGCAUUUGCACUUUUCCUUAUCUGUCGUCUGUGGCCUUUUGAUUUGAACUCUGACUGCAUGCUGCUAGCUUUUACCACAGCCGUUCUCAUUCAGGAGGGAUUAUGUUUAAGCAAUUAGGCCUCGAACACGGAGUCUGGUUUUGCUCUGCUGGUUUGAUUCAAAUUAAUCAGUGUAGUGACAUAAUACAAAGUAGUAUUUUAUAUAAAAGACACAUCAAGAAGACAACAGAAUCAUACAAGUAGGACUAUAGUUGGGUGUGAUAUUGGCUUUAAGCUACUUAUACACAUGUUUUAGGGAUUUCAGCGAUAUUAACUACUAUUAUGAAAGUCAGUGUGUCAAUAUUGUUCAGAAUGUUACCUUGAAUGCCACCGUCAUCCAAUCAAAAAGUAAGUAAUCCGGUGGUCCCAGUUGCUAUGUACUUCAAUGCGAGUUAGAGAAUGUACCCUAGAUUAGGACUAAAUGGGUUGGCAAAAUAAUUUGUCUUUAGAUCAAAAACUAAAUUCAUCAUCGUUUUACCAAAGGGGUUUUUCCUAAGAAGAGAAUGUUCUCGACUUUUGGGAAACCGGUUGAUGCAUUGGCACUGCAAUUCCAAACAAAAGUACUAUAUCAUUUGUACAGCUUGGACGCGUCAUAGCAACUUUAACAAUAGCUAAUUCUACACCACACGCUGACCGAUUCAUCUCCAGUUCUCUGGCCUUUGAUGCAUUUCUUUCUAAAUUGACUUUCACAACUGUGUAUAUAUUUACAGACUGCUUGUAGGUUUUUCUCCUGCACCUGUUUCACAAAGUGUCAGAAUGAUUUGUGUGUUUUCCCCCAUCAUUCAACAACUCUACAUCUUCAUUAGAUUAGAAAUACUGUCCGUUCAGGUCUUUGUCAUUGCUUAUAAUCUGCUGUGAAGUGUGUAGAGUUAAUGCAUACAUGUACAAAUCACAAAAUGGAAAUGUGAGAUCAGUGGUUGGGGAUUUUCUGCUGGAACACCUAAAGAUACAUAUGGAGAGUGAGUGCAAUGAGUUGUAUCCAUUUCAUUUUGUAUAAGCUAUUAGUUUGAAGAUUCAGUGCUUUACAGGGUAAUAAUUUAAUAAUCAUGAGGUGAUUUAUAUUCAUUUAGGCUAAAACUUGACUAUGUCCUGUAUUUCAGAGAUCUCUAUUUUAAAUGUUUGCCUUUUCCAAACGUUGUAUAUCUCCUUCAGUGUGUUGGAUGUAGAGGGUGGUUUGGGAGACUGUUAUUUAACUGUGAAAAGUGCUUGUAGCAUUUCAAAGUGUUAAUUGAGUCAUGUUUAUUUAUUAAUAAUUUAAAAUCACAGUAUCAAUACCUGAACAGUCCUCUGUAUGAUUUGCACUAAAGUUUUUUCAAGCGAGUGUUCAAAAAUAAAUGGAGAAUGUUAAGACUA